AUGGAGGAGCGCGGCGAUGCCGAACCGACCGCCGGCUGCAGCAGUCUGGGCCUGGGCGGCGUUCGCAGCGGUGGCGGCGCUCCCUCGUGGGCCCCUGAGGACGCCUGGAUGGGCACCCACCCUAAGUACUUAGAAAUGAUGGAAUUAGAUAUAGGAGAUGCCACCCAAGUCUAUAUAGCAUUCUUGGUUUACCUGGACCUCAUGGAGAGUAAAAGUUGGCAUGAAGUAAGCUGUGUGGGAUUACCAGAACUCCAGCUCAUCUGCCUUGUUGGUACAGAGCUAGAAGGGGAAGGGUUCCAGACUGUGGUGCCUGUACCCAUCACUGCUUCCCUCAGCCAUAACAGCCUCACCCUCAGUGUUUCCAGUUUCUCCAGCAUGUGCAGAGCUCUCCUGACUCUGGACUCAGAGCAUCCAGAGGACUCGACUUUCCCACUCAUGGGACCCUGCGUACACUGUCUCGUGCCAUGUCUCGAGUCAUUACCCUACAUCAAUCAUCGUUCUGUGAGUGAAUGUCUCAUCUCCCCAUCUAGACUGUGACCUCCUAGAGAGCACAGACUGGGAAGAUGGGAGCCAGUUGGUGGUAAUAGUGGGUGCCUUGCCAAGGAGUUUGGAGGUUGUAAGUUACUUGGUAAAGGAGAUCCAACCCUGGUGUUUAACUGUGAACAGUGAGACAACAUCCUUGUCCUUGUAGACCUUACAUUCUCUUGGGGGCAGUAACAGAAAAAGAAAGAAAAAAGUUCCAUGAAGAAAAUAAAACAAGAUGAUGAUGCGACAGUGAGUGCAGAAGAGUGGACAAGCUAUUUUAGCAGGAUUGACCAGGGAAAUCCUCUCUCAGAGGUGACAGCCUGAGAGUUGGAUGAUGAGAAAGUUAUAGGGAUCAAGAAAACAAAACAAACAAAACCCCCAAACAAGAACGAGAAUAAUCAUUGAUGAAGGAGAGCAAUAAGAUUCAGUACGAAGACACUUAGAGCAGGAAGGGACCUGCUCCAUCUGCAAGUCUGUCUCACUCAUUUCCUGUCUCCAGAAAGGAAACUGAAGCCAGAGAGAUAAAGAGGCUGACACAAGGUCACAAAGCUAAUUAAUAGCAUAGUCAGAAAGAGACUCUUAACCUCUACUUCCAACUUCAUCCCCUACUGCGUAAGUCUCUCUUAACAUCUUGAAUCUCAUUUUCUUCUUAGUAAAAUGGGUUAUUGUGAGAAAUUCAAAAUGUAACAUAGACAAGGUGUUCAAAAUGUCAGGUAUUUCCAUUACUGGAUUUGUUUUAAUCCUGUUACAGUGUACUCCUCAAGUAGUUAACUAUGUUAUUACUUUAGUAAUACAAAAGCAUAAUAUAAAUAUUUAGUAACUUGGUAAUACAAAAAGCAUGAGAGAGGCAAUGAGCAUUCAACUCCUGAUUAUUUUAGUCACCGAUGCGUGAGUUAAGUCUCAGCCCGGGGCCUCUGCUGUCAACAUCAAGCACCACCUGCCAUCUGCCUGGAGGCAGCUACUGGAACUGCUGUUGGGGAAGAGAUAACCAGCCCCCUACACUGCUGGCCUUGCAAGCCCCACCUUAUUAAGUGGUGGCAAGUAUCACAGUCCUAAGAUGCUUCUGAGGAGAAAAAAAUGAGGCUGUGGACUUCCCAAUAGACACAGCUGUCAUCAAGCUCUUUACGGAAAGCUGCUGUAGACAGGGGCUGAGAAGAAGAUGAAGGCUUUAACAGGAUGUGAAAGUUGAAGUGAUAAAAAGGGUGCACUAAAAGCACAUGGCACAGGAAAGGCUUUUCUACAUCCAGAUUGAGAAUCAGACCUGCAUUUCGUUACUUGGCAUUUUGUAUUGUACCCCCUCCCCCAACACACCUCUGCCCUUUGAGCUGGUGUUUUUGUAAAUAUUUGGAUAGGACAAAGAAUAUAAUAAACAGGGUCAUGGCUUUGCCAGAGUGACAGUCACUGUUGGAAUAUACAUACUGGCUGUCCUUAACUUCUCCAUGUCACUUGAUUUUUCUGAUCACACUUUUGGCGUUUAACCCAGGGGCUUGGACCGCAAGCCCAUGCUGUAGCAUUCUGUUGUGUUGUAUCUGAGUUUGGUGAUGAUGGAGCCACCCGUGUAAUUAUCAUUAAUCAAUAGUUUGAUAUGACUAUCGCAUGAUUGCCAGAGUGACAAUGAAAAUGAGGCCUUGCACAACUGUGGGUUGCAUGUGAAAGAGUGACCUGAGAGCCAUGUCUGAGCCUCACUGCCCACUGUCAUUACCUCACUCUUCCAUCCCCACCUGGCCAGGGCUAGGACCCUCUUCCCAGACUGCAGCACCCUCACCUCCCAUCAUUCUGAACAGCAGAGAGUCCCAUCAGGAUAAUGCCCCAUUCACUUGUCAGCCCUCCCGUGCUCACCAAGGGCCCUGACAGUGGACACAGUGGCAUACAUGAAGCUGCAGAGGCAGAGGGUCCAAGUCUUUGCCCCAACUCUAGCAGGUCUACAUUCCAGAUCUUGCUCUACCACUUAAUUUCUUCACUAUGAGCUUGGAAAAAUUAGUUCCUUUCUCUGAACCUCCAUUUCCUCAGAUGUGAGGCUGGAAUAUGUCUAUCUCACUGGGGUCUAAGAAUUUUAAAAAAUCACAUUAUUGUAUAUAAAAAUGCUUUGAAAAAUAGAAAGCACUACUCAAGCACAGCUAUUAUUCAAUAGUCUACAUACACCACAUGGUACUUUUGUGGAAAAAUAAAAUCUAAUAAAAAAUAAAUUAUAUUCACAUCACUUUAUUCAUUCAUCCAUCCAUCCAUAUAUAUACAUCCAUUCUUUCAACAAAGUUUUAUUAGACAACCAGUCUGGGUCAAGCACUGUGUUGGAGCUAGGUAUAUAUAUGAUUGUGAACAGCUCAGAUAUUAUUACUUUUAUUAGUCAGUGUUCUCCAGAGAAACAGAACCAAAAGGAUGUAUAUAUCUGUAGAAAGAGAUUCAUUAGAAGGAAUUGGCUCAUGUGAUCAUGAAGGUGGGCAAGUCCCAAGACCUGCUGGAUGAGUCAGCAAGUUGGAAACCCAGGAGAGCCAAUAGUCAAUGGUUUAGUUCCAGUCUGAGUUUGAAGGUCUGAGACCCAGGAGAGCUGAUGGUGUAGUACCUGUCCAAAGAUCAGAAGGUUCAAGACUCAGGAAGAGCCAAUAUUGCAGUUUGAGUCCAAAGGCAGGAAAAAAGCCAGUGUCCCACUUCAGAGGCAGUCUGGCAGAAAGAAUUCUCUCUUACCUGGGGAGAUCAGUCUAUUUGUUCUAUUCAGACCUUCAACUGAUUGGAUGCAGCCUGCCACAUUAGGAAGGACAAUCUGCUUUACUCAGUCUAUCAACUUAAAUGUUAAGAUCAUCCGAAAACACCCUCACUGAAACACCCAGAAUAAUGUUUGAUCAAAUAUCUGGGCACCCUGUGGCCUAAUCAAGUUGAAACAUAAAACUAGCCAUCACUUUCCUCAUGCAGCUUACCAUCUAUUUGGGAGAAGAAGACACAGUAAAACAAUUGUCAUGCAAAUACUUUAGUAAUUACAAAGCAUGCUAAGUGCCGUGAAGGAAAAAGUGCAGGCUGCCAGGAGUGAGGCAGAUGAAUAUGAAACGUAAGUUGAGUUGAUGGACUUUGGGCAAGUGCCUUUCAGGCAGCAGACGUGCAUAGGGGAAGACUUCAAGAUAGAAGAGCACUUGGCAAAUUCAAAGAUCCAAAAGGCCAGUGUGGCUGGAACAUGGGAAAGAAGAGGGAUUAUGUUGCCAAAUGCGAGCUGGCUGAGUGAGAGUCACAGACAACUCCUAGUUUCUAUGAUGACAAGGCUGGGAAGUUUGAGGCUAGUAGAGAGAGUGCAAAAGAUAAGUUGCUGGACUGAGAAAAUGACCUUCCUAAAGCAAAGUAGUAAUAUGGUUGUGUGGUCCAUUUAAGUUGAGAGGACAAAUUCAUGAAGAUUCUAAUC